CAGCCUUUGAGACGCCCGACAAAAAGACGAAAGCAGAGGUGAGAUGAAGGGAAGUUAAGCAGGUGGCGACGGUGAUGAGAAUUGCGAUGGCAUGAUGGUGGUGUACCGAGACAUGAGAGUGUAUAGCUACAAGGAUUGACAUGGGUUGACGGACAAGUCGUGCACUCGCAUCUAUGCGAAGCCGUAGUGCGCGAUCCACUAGAGGGAAGCGAAUGAGAUGGUCAGCCUUUCUAAGUCGUCUUGCCGACUGCUACGAGAUCAUCGGGGUCAGUGUGCUGCUCUUUGCCGCUACCGCUGCUGCCGCUGCUUCGCCACCAGCCGACGAGGCACAAGAAGUUCAAGGUCAAGGGGCAAAGGCCGCCGCCGCUCAUCAUCAGACUUUUUCCUGCCAUAUGCUUUGUCGGCCCAUGGGGCUCCGCUCGCGGGUAACAAGCGGCUCCCUGGAUCAGUUGCUUCCUUUCAAGGGCGAGUGGUUCAGCAACCCGAGCACGAGAGAGCAAGUGCGUCCACCACGUCAUCGCCUUUCUGCUUCCACCGCCUGCGCAGGGUGCGAACCGCGCCUCAUUGUGCCGCGACGAUCUUGGCAUCUCGUCUGCGUGGGGCUUGAGUUAGUAGUAGAAGAGUCGAGGGAAGGAGCGAGGUUGAUGGAGAGAAUUAAGAGGCGUCGGGGCUUCCACUGCCCGACCGGGACCUUAUGCAUCGUCGCCGCAGGUCGUUGGGCCUGGCGGGGCCGGGCUUUCCCUACUCCCCGCCACCGCCAAUGCUUAAGUUUCGUUUCUUGUAGUCGGUCGUGCCGCUAGCUUCGCAUCUUUUUCUGCUCUUAUGGUCUCGUUCCGGUAGUAUCUGUUCGUGAGUGAGAAUGGCGGGUAGAAGACGCGGUCGCGCUGCUGUUUGUCCAGAAGAGGGGAUAGCUCGUUGUGGUGUUCGCUCGCU